AGAGCAAGACCACUGAGGUUAAAUAAGAACGAGCGUGAAACUGCGCAUGUGCAUGAUAGCAGAAAGCCGAAGCAACAAACAAACAUCAAGCAGAGACGGACAGCAACACAGAUCAAACGCUAUCUAUGCAGAUCGCUAGCUACAUGAGUUAACUUUGAAAAAUGAAAAUCAAAACUGUCGUUUAAUAUACACUGCAGUUCCACCCCAAUGAAGGAGCUCCGUCCUGGCUGAUUUUGGGAGAUGGGAGUACUCAACAUUACAGACCAGCCUCCACUGGUCCAAGCGGUUUUCAAUCGGAAUGCCGAUGAAAUUCAACAACUAUUGCACAACAAGAAAGAGGAUGUCAAUGCACUGGACCAAGAGCGCCGCACGCCGCUACAUGCUGCUGCCUGUUUGGGAGAUGUUCAUAUCAUGGACUUCCUCAUCAAUGCAGGUGCAAAUGUAAAUGCUAAGGACCAUGUGUGGUUAACUCCAUUGCACAGGGCAGCUGCCUCCCGGAAUGAAAGGGCAGUGGGACUACUUCUGCGGCAGGGAGCUGAGGCCAAUGCACGGGACAAGUUCUGGCAGACACCACUGCAUGUUGCAGCUGCCAAUAGAGCCACACGCUGUGCAGAGGCCCUGCUCCCUCAGCUGAGCAACCUGAACAUGGCAGACCGCACUGGCAGAACCGCUUUGCACCAUGCUGCUCAGAGCGGAUACAUGGAGAUGGUAAAGUUGCUGCUGAAUAAAGGAGCCAACUUGAGUGCCAAUGAUAAGAGAGAGAGACAGCCUAUCCACUGGGCAGCGUACUUGGGGCAUCUGGAGGUGGUGAAGCUGCUAGUGUCUCGGAGUGCAGACAAAGGCUGCCAGGACAAGCAGGGUUACACCCCUCUCCACGCUGCCGCUGCCAGCGGACACAUUGACAUCGUCAAGUACCUUCUGAGGCUCGGGGCAGAGCUGGAUGAGCCCAAUGCCUUUGGGAACACUGCACUGCAUGUGGCCUGCUACACAGGCCAGGAGGCUGUGGCCACCGAACUGGUGAACCACGGAGCUAACGUCAACCAGCCCAACAGGAGUGGCUACACCCCACUGCACCUGGCUGCUGUAUCCACCAACGGGGCCCUCUGCCUGGAGCUGCUGGUCAACAACGGGGCUGACGUCAACCAGCAGAGUAAAGAAGGGAAGAGCCCCCUGCACAUGGCAGCUAUACACGGACGCUUCACCCGCUCUCAGAUCCUCAUCCAAAACGGUGGAGAGAUUGACAGUGUGGAUAAAUAUGGCAAUACCCCCCUCCAUGUUGCUGCUAAGUACGGCCAUGAGCUGCUGAUCAGCACUCUGAUGACCAACGGUGCAGAUACAGCCAGACAAGGGAUUCAUGGGAUGUUCCCUCUGCACCUGGCUGUGCUCUAUGGGUUUUCAGACUGUUGUCGCAAGCUACUCUCCUCAGGUCAGCUGUACAGUAUUGUUUCUUCUAUGAGUAAGGAGCACGUUCUAUCAGCCGGGUUUGACAUCAACAUCCCAGACAACUUUGGGAGGACGUGUCUACACGCUGCUGCCUCUGGAGGAAACGUUGAAUGUCUGAACAUGCUCUUAAGCAGUGGUACCGACUUGAAUCAGAGGGACAAGUCGGGAAGGACUCCUUUGCAUUAUGCAGCUGCUAAUGGGAGGUACCAGUGCACCGUGACCCUAGUGAGCGCUGGCGCUGAGGUCAACGAGCCUGACCGUACAGGCUGUACUCCCCUGCACUACUCCGCUGCCUCCCAGGCCUUCUGCAGAAUGGACCGACAUUUCCCCGGGACUCUUCAGAGGGAGGAGGAUGGAGCAAAGGAGUCCUAUUUUAGUUGUUUGGAGCAUCUGUUGGACAACGGUGCCGACCCGUCCCUGGUCAACUCUAAAGGUUACAGUGCUGUUCACUAUGCUGCUUCCCAUGGCAACAAGCAGAACCUGGAGCUGCUCCUGGAAAUGUCGUUUAACGCAUUGGGAGACAUUGAGAGCAGUAUUCCAGUGAGUCCAUUGCAUUUAGCUGCUGAUAAUGGCCACUGGCAGGCGCUGCGUGUGCUGACGGAGACUGCUGCGUACGUGGACGUGCAGGAUGCCUCGGGCCGCUCUGUGCUCUACCUGGCCUCCCAGAGAGGUUACGCCCGCUGUGUCGAGGUCCUGCUAGCCCAGGGGGCCUCCUGCCUCCUCAACGAGAACAGACACAUGUGGACCCCUCUACAUGUCGCAGCUGCCAACGGCCACACUGAAUGUCUGCACAUGCUGGUGGACAGUGGGGAGGAGGCAGACCUUACCAACAUCACAGACACGCAGGAACAGACUCCUCUGAUGCUGGCCGUCCUGGGUGGCCAUACAGACUGUGUCCACCUGCUGUUGGAGAAGGGGGCCUGGCCUGACACCAAAGACAAGAGGGGCAGCACUGCCCUGCACAGAGGGGCUGCGUUGGGCCGUGACGAAUGUGUCACAGCCAUGCUGGACCACAAGGCCUCUGCACUGUGUCGGGAUGGCCAGGGUCGUACCUCACUGCACUACGCUGCCUCCCGCGGCCACACUGACAUCCUCGCCAGUCUGCUGCGUGCGGCCACACGCUCCGACCCUCUUGACUCCCUAUUGGACCAUGAAGAGUACACGCCAUCACACUGGGCUGCUUACCAAGGGCAAGAAGACUGUUUGGAGGUUUUACUUGAACACAAAACUUGUAGUAUCCAGGAGGGAAACUCCUUUACCCCAUUGCACUGUGCUCUAAUGAAUGGCCAUAGUGGAGCUGCAGAGAUGCUGUUGGAAUCUGCUGGCGUACAGAUGGUUAACACCAGGGACACUAAAGAAAGGACCCCUCUUCAUGCCGCAGCAUGUGCUGAGGAUGUGGCGGGGCUGCAGCUGGUCCUACGCCACGGAGCUGAGAUCAAUGCCGUGGACCACACCGGACGCUCUGCUCUCAUGGUCGCCGCCGACAACGGACAGAGUGGCACCGUGGCCAUCCUCUUGCACCGAGCCAAGGCUGACCUGACACUGCUGGACGACAAUGGAAACACUGCCCUGCAUCUGGCCUGCAGCAAAGCUCAUGAGAUGUGUGCCCUGCUGAUUCUGGGGGAGAUCCAUAACCCUACCCUCAUCAAUGCAACCAACACUGCACUGCAGAUGCCGCUGCAUCUAGCAGCACGCAACGGUCUGGCCACAGUUGUCCAGGCACUGCUGAGUCGAGGAGCCACAGUGCUGGCAGUGGAUGAGGAGGGACACACUCCAGCCCUGGCCUGCGCCCCCAACAAGGACGUAGCUGACUGCCUGGCUCUGAUCCUCUCCACCAUGAAACCUUUCCCUCCUCUGGACCCUUCCUCCUGCCCCUGCUCCUCUUCCUCCGUCUCCCCCAGUCUCAACCUACUGAAGCAUUGCGGCAUCACUGCUGCCUGCACGCCGCUGCCCAACGGAGGCCUCCACCAUCACAACGGCUAUGUCAAAGACCGCCAUGCCGCUGUCAGCCUGGACGGAUGCCUUUCUGAGUGAGGUCAUCCUACAUCUACUGUCUGACAGCACUACCACCACCACAGGGUAGCCUGUGUGUGUGUGUGUGUGUGUGUUUGUGUGUGAGUGAUCUUCUCCUGAAGUGCAGUCAAACCUAUAUGCAAAUGGAGCCCACAGCAUCUAUCUAUCCCAGCUCUGUAUAAGUUAGUGCUUAACACUGAGACCGAUCUCUCUUUCUGUAAGGUCACUGGAAUACUGCUUUGUUCCAAAAUGGUUACUAAUAACCACCCACAAAAUCCCUUUAAAUAAUGUCCCGCAAAUAGGUACUCGUCAGCACAGAAAGAUGACUGACGGCUAAAAGCACUGUUUAUUCUUUUUUUUUCUUUUUUUUGCCUUCUUUUUAGUCUUUUGUUGAGUCCCUUUAUUUUCUCUUCAUAUCAUUCAGUAUUUAACAUCUGAUGACGUGUUGGCCUCGUAGAGAAAUGCACAGCCUUCCUAAAAGGAGAAUGAUCCAACGGGUUAUAGUGAAGGACUUUAUGAAUGAAGUCCUACCCAAAAGUGCAAUGCUUAAAUAUAAAGAUUCUGACUUUAACAAAAAAAAUAUAUAUAAUAUGUACCUUCUGUGGUAACCUAAUAUUUCAACUUUUGGCCUCGUUUUUUUUUGUUUGUUUUUUUGUGGGGCAUUUUCAUAGAGGAGAAUUUCAUAGGGCUGCUAAAGUUUGAAAGAUGAAUAUGUAAGCAUGUCACCUUACAAAGGAGAACAAUGCUCAGGUUGGCAUUUCAGCAUACAUUUGCUCUCAAUGCUGAAGUAUUGUCUAGAACACAAUUUUGUGUUUACUAAGUGAGAAUUUGGUUUAAAGCAUAUACAUUAUGACCAAAGGUGAAUAUCACUGCUAUGACUGACAAAAUAUUUAUUUGAGAAAUAUUUACAGAGAAAGAUCGAUGUUGAGAUACCUCUUAAGUCAUUUUGCAGCUGCUGAACGGCUAGACAGGGAAAGUAGUAGCAAUGAAUCCUUGGUUAUUUAUUUGAAGUCUUUAGGAGUGGACUCGCCCCAUUGACCUUCAGCAAAGCCUCUUGUUUUCUGAGCACAUUACCUUGAAUUCUAAGAUUACUGCUCAGUGAUAAACUUACAAGCCAUUUCAAUUGAUUUCCCAUUUUUCUUUUCUUUAAUCAUUCCCAAAACAUUUUGGUACAUUGAUUUCGAAUUACCUUCGGAGAGGAAUCCUAUUUACAUUACAUUUACAUUUAAGUCAUUUAGCUAUUUGUAUUAUUUCCCAAAAUGUUGUCUUUGGUCAAUCUUGAAAUGUUACUUCAGCCGUUUUGAAGCUGGAGAAAUACCACUGUUACUCUAUCAAAAAGCUUGUAUCUUGUCUAGUACGAUGGUCAGUUCUGGUGUGAGAUUGAAACGCUGGACUGACAAGUGUUCUUACCUUUUUGUGUGUUCUUUUUUUGUUCUUGUAUAAUUUAAGCAAUAUUUAAUUUCUGGCAUUUUGAACGUUAUCAAAAAGACAAUCAUAGUCUCAAGGGCUUUUGUUUCCUUGGAAAUCUUGUUUGAUGUUCACCUUAUUUGUUUGAGUACCGAUACUAGCAACAUGGAAAUGAUCUAUUCUAGACUAAUGGCUAAAGUCUGUGUCCAAGGCAUUUUUCGCUCUGUGCCUAGAACCCCCAAAAAAUGCAAUUAAUUGCCUCCAUGGCAGUACGGAUGCAGGAUAGCAUGAUAUGAUGAACCCUGGGGUCUCACCCACUGGGUAGCAGAGAAGCGUUGGAUCCUAUUCAGACUUGUUAAUCUGUUGAGGAUAUGAUUCCUUGGUUAAGCUUGAUUGUUCAUGUCUCUGGACAGAAUUCAUGACUGACGAGAGACUUGAAAGCAUAGUAGGUAUGUAGGGUUACUUACUGUAGCAAGGAACUGAGAGGCAACUGUUACACUCUCAUAUGGCCGGUAGUAAUACUUGUGUUUUUAGUAAAGCAGAUAAGUGUGAAAUUCCUUUUUUGGUAUGUAUCCUGUCUUGUGGCUCUACAUACGUUGUAGAUUUGUGGUGUCAGACAACUGGAGCUCUUUGCCUGACUUAAUUUAAAUAUUUUUACACCAUCUUUUCCAUGACAUCAUCAGAGGAUCAAUAGAUUUCAGUGACUCAUUUUUCAUUUCAUUGCUUCGCCACAACCUCCUCUCUUGAUGAAUGCUAAAUGACAUGCAUUAGUUCUGGAUGAGAAACAUGAGGACCUACUAUGAUACCAGAGUAGCAUAUCAUCUUGUGCCCUAUAGUCAGUGUUGUCCGGGGGAGAAAAUAGUCUCAGACUGUGUGGAACCAGGAACCAAAUGACAUGGAUUGAUUGACGAACAACAGGAAAAUCAUAUUGGCAUUAUUUUAGUUAAAUGCACACUACGAUGCAGUUCCAUUUUAGCCCUGAUCCAAGGCACUUGAGAUAGUUAAGCACUUUAACACAUUCAGCAUAUCUGUGUGCAGUCUGAAUACAUGCAUAUGUAUAUUUACAUAUGGGUCGUAGCUAAAGUGCAAAAGAUAGGAGCAGAUUGCAAGGAUUGUAUACGCUGCUUCAUUGACGGAGAUUUAACUUCAAAACUCUAAAGCUAAAAAGAUCUCAUGGUCCAAAAUCCAGUCAUCACGGUGCAGUUUGAUUUGAUGCCAUCCCAGGGUCCACGAACUAGUCCUUGUGGUUAGUCCAGUGAUUUUUAGGUAGGCUUGCUUUCGCCGUGCUUGUAUCCUCCUCAGGCUCCUCGCCUAACUCCACACUGAGGGAUGCGUGUUGUACAAUAAACACUGAUUACCUCAAUCAUCCAACCGCAGGUGUGUCUGGCUAGCAGGUCAGAUUCACGUUCCCCAGUUCAGACACUGCAUGCAUCAGCCGACGGUUGCGUGCCACGUCAUCGACUGCGUGCCGUCAGGCACCUGAUUGCUAUAACAUAGUGAUGUGGUUACCUGAUGGGUAUUUUACAUAUCUGGCAUGUGCCAGCGACGUCUGAGCAGAGGAACACGAGCCAGAUAUGUGUGUGUGUAUAUAUGUAUAUAGAUUUUAUAUUUCAAUUCCCUUGUCCAGCUGAUGGCACCAGUUCUUCAGUAUAUAUCCCAUCUGGGACUACCCCAUAUCUGUGUUGCAUUGAUAGACUGAGAACUCAUUGGAAAGGAGCUUGAGAUCAUAAUUCUCACUUUAAAGAAACAAGUCAAAUAUAUUUCCCUAGGGUUUAAUAUUAGGAAGCAAUGUAAAGGAUUAUUUGUAGCAUUAAUGACUGUGAAAGACGUGCGCAGCACAUCUAUUGCUCUUCGAUUGUGUUUAGGCCAAUCCAACAAAGCAUUUCAUAGAUGCCAAUUGAAGAUUUGCGGAGUAGUCGUCACAUGAGAAUCUUAGGUCACAGUUAGGGCCUUAUUUGCCAAAGUACAUUGGAUAAUAAAAAAUAUAUAUUUGAAAAGGAAUAGCAAUGGGUUUGAGAAAUAUGCAUGCAUUCGAGCAAUGUACAUACUGAAUAUAAAUCUGAGCCAUGAAUUGACUGACAUGUGACUCUAAGGUCAAAUUGGAACAACACUAUUUGCCAUCUCCUGACUUUUGAACUAUUACACUGCAUUUCUCUGGCAUUCAUGAAAUGAUAAAGUAGCAGAAAGAAAUACUUGUCAUAUUAGUCUUCCUGUUAUGGGUCUUUCUUAAAUGUGUUUCAGUUAUACCGAGGCCCCUAUGUGUAUGUCAUAACCACGUAUUGACACUGGAGACAGGAGGUUGGAGGGUGUGAACAUGCAUCUCGAACACCAUUUAAGAUUGCCUUACAAUAUCUUCUGAACAGGACAUUUAACUACGCUGUAGAUGCUUUCAUUUUUUUUUUUUUUACAUUAAUUGGUAGCCAGUUUUUGAAAAGGAAAAUGCACCUACCUAGCUACAUCCAUUUAGUGCCAUAGAAACCUUUAUUUGCCUUUAAGCAUAAUAGUCAUACUGUACUUGGUCAGUAGAAAAUGUGUUUGUUUGGACUCAUUUACUGUGGUAGCCAUGGUUAGAAUGAACAUUAUUAUUAUAUAUAUUUUUUGUUGUUGAAUGAUUAUUAAGUUCUGAUUUGAAGCAUUGCUGGCACAGAUACAGGUCAUGAUGUCAGUGGUGACUAAUGGUUUGAACCACUUAGUACUGAUCGUAGGAAGUGGAAAGCAAUCAUAUAAUAGAGUUGGUGGUAGUCUGGAGAACAGAAUGGAUGGAAGAUUUAAAAUAUUUAUAAUUGGACAGACUUUGUGUUGGAAAAAAUGGAUAAUAAUAAUAAUGAAUGGUAAUUUCUUUGCCUGUGGUUUGUAAUUAUUAUAGGACAGUUUUUAAUGUUUGCAGAUGUAUGGUUAACAGGGAAUAGAUUUACCUCGUCCUCGAUGGAUGCCCCUAUUCUUACUUGAAGUAUCUUUCAUCGAAUACAAAUGUAAAACUUUAAUUCACAGCAGAGCCUUUUAAAGGCAAAGGAACAAGUUUCUUGCAGUACCUACUAAGUUAUAACACCUAACAUCUCAUUAGUUAUGUCUGGUUUUGCUAUUAUGUGAUGUGUCCCGAAUGGCACCCUAUGCCCUACAUAGUGCAACACUUUUGUCCAAAGCCCUAUGGGGGGGGG